GCUGCCUCGGGCCGGAGCCGCCGCACUUGGGAAGCGACUCCCGGCCCCGGCGCUGCCGCCGGGAUGGGGACGCCGCCGGCGGCUCCCGGAUUGCUGCUGCUCCUCCUGGCCGGCACCGCGGGGCUCUGCCGGGCGCUCUUCUCCCUCCCGCUCCGCGUGUCCCACCCUGCCGCCCCCGCCGGGUCGCCGCCCGCCCCGGUGGUGCUGCGGCCGGCGAGCGGCAGCCGGCAGCAGGAUGCCCCCGGGGCUGCGGACGGCUUGGCCUUGGCCUCGGAUCCCGGCGGCACCCUCAACUUUUUAGCCAUGGUGGAGAACCUCCAGGGAGACUCCGGCCGCGGCUACUACCUGGAGAUGCUGAUCGGGACCCCGCCGCAGGCGUUAAAUAUUCUGGUUGACACUGGGAGCAGCAAUUUUGCUGUAGCAGGUGUGCCUGAUCCUGAUGUCACAUCCUACUUCAAUCCCGAACUGUCAAGCACAUACAGAUCUCAAGGGAUUGAGGUGACAGUGAAGUACAGCCAAGGCAGCUGGACGGGAGUGCUGGGCACAGAUGUCAUCACCAUGCCCAAAGGACUCUAUGGCAGCUACACCAUCAACAUUGCCACCAUCCUCGAGUCAGAGAACUUCUUCCUGCCAGGGGUUAAAUGGCACGGGAUCCUGGGUCUUGCCUAUGAUGCCUUAGCCAAGCCUUCCAGUUCUGUGGAGACAUUCUUUGAUUCCCUCGUGAGGCAGGCAAAGAUCCCCAACAUUUUCUCCCUGCAGAUGUGUGGUGCUGGACUCCCUGUUUCUGGAAGUGGUACCAACGGAGGUAGUCUUGUGCUGGGUGGGAUUGAGCCGAGUCUGUACACGGGGGAUAUCUGGUACACACCCAUCAAAGAGGAGUGGUACUACCAGGUGGAAAUCCUCAAACUGGAGGUCGGGGGGCAGAACCUCCAGCUGGACUGCAGAGAGUACAAUGCUGAUAAAGCCAUAGUAGACAGUGGAACCACUCUCCUUCGACUGCCAGAGAAAGUCUUCAGUGCUGUGGUGCAGGCAAUAGCUCGCACGUCCCUGAUACAAGAAUUCUCUUCUGAAUUCUGGACUGGCACACAGCUUGCAUGCUGGGAUAGAACUGAAAAACCCUGGUCCUUAUUUCCCAAACUCUCCAUUUACCUGAGGGAUGAAAACUCCAGUAGGUCGUUUCGGAUCUCUAUCCUACCACAGCUUUAUAUUCAACCCAUCCUUGUGAUAGGAGAUAAUUUGCAGUGCUACCGAUUCGGCAUCUCCUCCUCCACAAACGCUCUGGUCAUUGGUGCUACAGUCAUGGAAGGAUUUUAUGUCAUCUUUGACAGAGCCCAGAGGAGAGUGGGCUUUGCAGUGAGUCCCUGUGCAGAAGUUGACGGCUCGCCCGUCUCUGAAAUCGAGGGCCCUUUCACCACAGCAGACGUGGCCAGCAACUGCGUUGCCAGCGUUUCUUUCCACGAGCCCAUGCUCUGGAUCGCCUCCUACGCCCUGAUGAGCCUGUGUGGGAUCAUCCUGCUGGUCCUGAUCGUGCUGCUGCUCAUCCCACCCCGCUGCCAGCACCGCUACACGGACAACGACGUGGUCAACGACGAGUCCUCCCUCGUGCGCCACCGGUGGAAAUGAGAGGCUGGACCCCAAAAACAGACUUAAAAACGGGACCAAGGACAAAGAGCUCUGCCAAGGGGAAGAAGCCAAUGCCUCCUCAGUCCCUUCUACGUUCCUACAAAACGCUGUUGAAAAUCCCACCAAAUACCCUGCAUCGUGACUUUUAUAGCUUUAUUUUCUAACACCGGUUCUGAACCAAAGCACUGUUAAACACCUCUGAAGUGCUACGGUACUGGAAUUGCUACUGCAGUACAGUGAGCCUUUAUGCUCUCUACAGUACCUUCUUUAAAAAAAAAAAAAAAGAAAAAAAGUUUAAAAAAAAAAGAUAAAAAGCCACACCAUGAUGUUCUUCCACUGUCUGAACAAAAUUGUCCAUCUCUCUUUCACAAAACAAAAGGAGCUGUCAGUAUUUUCUAACUAAUCAAGCCCCGACUGUAGAAAAAGAGAAACAAAAAAUUUCUUAUUAAUUGCAUUAAAUGAAUACUGCUUUCUGUUUACAUCAGUUUAUUUUGAAACUCUGCUUAUGGUGUGGGGGAGGGAGAAAAGUCAGACUUAAGCAGCAGAGAAAAAGCAAGGGAGAUCAAGAAGAAAUGUUGGUUUGUGUUUUCUUUCCCUCAAGAUCACUGCUGCUACUUGAGAGGGUCACCCUCCCUGAGAGCUGUAACAGAAUAGUCCAAGGUGGUGAAAACUGGGAAACAAACUUGUUCAGCCUUAGAGUAAAACAAGACUACCUCUCUUAAUUUACAAGGAUGCUACCACUGGUGAGUGUGUGGAUUAGAACUGGUCUUGAAGCACAAAAGAUGCUCCAUACAACCAAAUGGAACUACUUGGCUUUGAAUAUUUUGGGAUUUUAUAAAAAUCAAUACUUCCUGACUUUCCACUUUGGUGAAAAAAAAAAAAAAAAAAAAAAAAAGAAACCUUUCAGUUUCUCCCCCUCGUGUGGGGUUUUGUGUUUUUUUUCCGAGUUUGAUAUUUAGAAAAGGCUGAUCUGCAUAUGUAUGGACAGACAAGACAGUGGGGUCUGUGUUCUGCUGUAGAAUGACAACGUUUUCAAUUUGGCUGAGCUCAGCAACCUAGAAAUUCAAAGGAGAAGUACCUGUCUUUAUGGACAGGCUGUGAAGUGAAAGUCUUUAUGCUGGCUUGUUUUUCAGCUUGAAGUGUUCAGCUUGGCAUCAAUCAAAUCAAAAGUGUGUGUGUCCUGCCUGGCUGAAAACAAACACGUGGUGGGACUGGAAACAAUAGUGGGAGAGAGCAGGAGAAGAUAUAUUUGACCAGGCUUCCAUUCUGCAAGUGCAGAUCAUCAUGCUGAGGUCAGAACGAGGUGUUUUCUUUGCAGAUAGGACAGUUUUUCUUUUCUCUAGUUGCAGGUUUCUCUGUAACACUGGCCUAAGUGUUUGGAUUGGAAAGAGAAACAUUGCAAAGCUGAAGAUUUUUUAAUACAUUAAAAAAGGAAAAAAUAUUCGUUUUCGUUUUGAUAGCAGAGCAGUUUGCAUAUCUGUAUGGGAAAUGAGGAAAUAAAAAAAAAAAAAAGCUUAGCUCUGAAUUUCUCAAUCCCUUGCCUAGACAAUUUUCUGCCCAAAAUCCCUUCAUACAGCUCUGUGAUCACACUGCCUCUGCAUCUCAGUCUGCAUGGAAUAAGGAAAGAUUAUUUUUUUCUUUCAGGAAUGGUGCAUUUACAGAGGUGCACAUCAUGUGUGUGAAAAUAAAACACUGUGGGGCUUUUUUUUAACUAACUUAUGUCUUUCACGUCAUAACUGGAAGUGCCUGUGGUUUUCUUUUCAAUUCUUGCACUUUCAGAUUGCUUGGCUCAGUAGAGUAAAAUAAUUGAUACUAUGAUCCAAUGUCUGAAAAUGAUUUCUCGUGGAAUUUGAAGUUGGAAACAGGAAGGACUUGUGAGUUUGUCUCCUUCUUCCUCUGCCUCUUAGUUUCUAAGAGGAGAAAAAUUGUGAAUUCCAUUAAAUAAGCCAUAGAGCUUAACUGUUUUCUCAGUGUUCUAUUUUCCAUAUCUCUUUAUUAAUAUCUUUUCAUUAAGAGUUCCAUAUCGUCCUCCUGGCUUUGGUUUUACAUGUAACAAAUAACUUCAGAGUUGUAUUCCUCCUUUUCCUACAGUAUGGCAAUAGAAGUUAUGCUUCUGUCACUUGUUUCAAACAGAAACACUGUAUGGAUUUUGGAUGGAUAGUGUUAAACAAUAAACCCUUUUUCAAUUCAGAAAGUGAAAACAA